CAACACAAAUCCUUCUCUAUAAACAAUAACAAACAGAGAGAGAGAGAGAACAUAAGCUCUUAAUUCUCUCUCUGUUUGUCACUUUUUCUUUCCUCUCUGUCUUAAAUUCUUCCACUUUCUUGUAGAGGAAAGAAAACCCAUUUUUCAUCAUCCUCUCUAACUCUCUAUAUAAAGAUUUUUUUUGGAGAGUAAGAGAGAGAGUCACAUUUUCAAAUUAAUUUGCAAACAAGAAAGAGUCUUUUUUAUUAAAAUGGAAAUGGGUGGCAAGAAAUUUGCAGUUUUGUUAUGUGCAGAAGACUCAGAGUAUGUAAAAAAGAAGUAUGGAGGUUACUUUGGGGUUUUUGUAAGAAUGCUUGGGGAAGAAGGAGAGACAUGGGCUGUUUAUAAGGUAGCAAAUGGAGAGUUUCCUGAUGAUGAUGAGAUUGAAACAUUUGACGGGUUUGUUAUAACUGGUAGUUGUAAUGAUGCUCAUGGAAAUGAUGUUUGGAUCUGUAAACUCUUGAAUCUUUUGAAGAAAUUGGAUUCCAAGAAAAAGAAAAUUCUGGGUAUAUGCUUUGGACACCAGAUACUGGCCCGUGCAUUAGGAGGAAAGACUGGCCGUGCCGUCUCUGGCUGGGAUAUAGGGGUGACUGCCAUUCAUUUCUCAUCUUCAUCGAAGCUCUUCUCAUCGCAAAAGACGCCUCUAUCUAUAAUUGAGUGCCACAGAGAUGAGGUUCGCCAACUUCCUCCGAAAGCAGAGGUGAUGGCAUGGUCUGCAAAGACUGGGAUUGAGAUGUUCAAGUUUGGUGAUCACAUCAUGGGGAUUCAAGGUCAUCCUGAGUACACAAGAGACAUUCUGCUCCACUUGAUUGACCGACUUCUCCAGCGCGGUCUCAUUAUGGAUUCAUUUGCUGAUGAGAUCAAGGAAAAUUUGGAUGAACAAGAGCCAGAUAGGGAGGCAUGGAGGAAGAUGUGCACCAACUUCCUCAAGAGCAGAUUAUAAUCAUCAGACAUUCAAUUUUACCAAUAAAAAAAAAUCUGAAAUUGAAUUGUAAAUAAGGACUGAAAUGGGAAGAAAAAGUUUGAAGAGAGGGUUAGUGUCAAAGAAAGCAGCAACUAAUGGUGAAGCACCCACCUUGGCUUUAUAUGAGUGAAAUCAAAACUAGGGAUGUGUGUGAUUAGUAAGGUGGGGUAGGCAUUUUGAUUAAGAGCAAUGUUUAGGCCAAACCAGUGCUUGAUCUAAAGGAGAUUAGAGUUUUUGUUUAGGGUGGCAGUAUUUAUAUGUCAAGCAAGUGGGUUUUCUCUUAUGUUGUAUGUGAAAUGCUGACGUGGCAAGGCUUAGCAUGGAAAUGAAAAAACAAUAAAUCUUUUACAAGUUUUGGUUAAA